UGUACCGGAAAGAUCAACAUCCAGUAGAGAUACCGAAUCGCGGCACUCGUCCAUUCGAGAGAGCACGCAGCGUCCAAAUUUAGCGGCGCGAUUGGAAGCAGGAAAUCGUUCCACUGAGUUUCACUCGACGCGGAAUGCAUUUCUGUGCUUAAAACUAGGAGGGGUUCCUCGGAUCACGUGAGUUUGAGCCACAGACAAAAUUGCACUCGGUGUUUAGGGCAAUCGUGAUAGAGAUAAAAGAGGCUAAAAAGCCGAUCUAAAUUACCACGGUUAACUACCUCCGACGGCAGUCAGUCACUUACGGCUCUGUUACUUUCCACUACUGUCUCUUCGUGUUUUCGUUCCGCCGAUCGCCAUCGUCUUCCUCUUCAUCGAUAUCAUGGCGUCUUCCACUGUCGUCGGAUUCAUGGGGCUCGACGAGCUCGGCUUAGAGAUAGCUUCCUUGCUUGUCAAGUCCGGGUUUCGCCUCCAAGCAUUCGAGAUUGUCGAGUCGUCUCUGAUGAGCAGGUUCGUGGAGUUGGGCGGAGUGAAGUGCGCAAGUGCUAUGGAAGCUGCAAUGGGUGCUACGUUUUUUAUGGUUAUGGCUUCUGCAAAUGAAAUAUAUGAUUUUUUCUGUGGAGAGAAUAAUGUAGCUAAAGGAUUAUGCAAACACGCAGUCAUUAUCUCUCGAUCAUCGUUUUCAGGAAACCACAUCCAGAAGAUACAAAAGCUAUUCACAGAAGAGAGAGUAGAUGUCGGCUUUAUUGAUUCCUAUAUUUUCCGUGGAGUUUCUGAGGAGCUGAAGGGGAAAAUUAUUGUUGUUGCAUCUGGAUGGGAAAGCACAAAUGAAAAAUCUGGACCCUUUUUCUCUGCUAUCAGUGAAAAUGUUUACCUUUUUCAUGAUGAAAUUGGUACUGCAAGUAAGAUUUGGACAGUGAAUCGUCUUCUAGAGGGUAUUCAUUUUGUUGCAUGUGUGGAAGCCAUAUAUCUUGGAAUUAGAGCAGGAAUUCAUCCACGAGUUCUCUAUGACAUUAUCUCAAAUGCUGCUGGAAGUUCCUGGAUCUUUGUAGAUAUAAUCCCCAGAUUGUUGAGUGUCGACCAGACUCUGACGCAGUAUUUGAAAAAUUUGGAGAAUGACAUUGGGCUUGUGAUGGGGAUGGCGAAAUCAGUGACUUUUCCUCUUCCAUUACUAUCUGUGGCUCAUCAAUCAUCUAUACAUGGAUAUUCUGCUACAUAUAUAGAUGAUUGUUCUGCCGGACCAUGGAAGAUGUGGGAAAAAACUUUUGGAGUGGAUGUCAGUGAGGCAGCUAAUAAGGAGCCAUAUAACCCAGAGCAAAUUGCUAAUAAAAUUGUUAAAAAAUCGAAGGUUGUGGAUAAAAUUGGUUUUGUAGGCCUUGGAGCAAUGGGAUUCGGUAUGGCAGCUCAUUUGUUAAGAUCAAACUUUCAAGUUAUUGCUUAUGAUGUAUACAAGCCAACAUUAUCCAGGUUUGCUGAUUUAGGGGGCGCCAUUGCUGGCUCUCCAUUGGAAGUAUCAAAAGAUGCAGAGGUGCUUAUAGUAAUGGUUGCUAAUGAAUCUCAAGCUGAAAAUGUGCUGUAUGGAAAUGAUGGUUCUGUUUCAGUUCUUCCUGCUGGAGCAACCAUCAUUCUUUCUUCCACUGUGUCACCUGGAUUCUUAAUGGAUCUUGAGAAACGCAUAAGAGCUGAAGACAAGGGUCUGAAUUUGGUGGAUGCACCAGUAUCUGGCGGUGUUAAGAGAGCAGCAGAUGGAACACUAACGAUAAUGACUUCAGGCACUGAUGAAGCUCUUUUAUGUGCUGGAUCUAUACUCUCUGUGCUUAGUGAGAAGCUCUAUGUCAUCAAAGGUGGAUGUGGAGCCGCAAGUUCAGUAAAAAUGGUUAAUCAGUUGCUUGCUGGGGUUCACAUUGCUGCUGCCGCUGAAGCAAUGGCCUUUAGUGCACGUCUUGGAUUAAAAACCAGAGAACUAUUUGAGCUUAUUCAACACACAGGAGGAUUUUCAUGGAUGUUUGGAAACCGUGUACCUCACAUGCUCGAAAAUGACUAUACACCAUACUCUGCAAUCGACAUCUUUGUUAAAGAUCUUGGAAUUGUACUGAAUGAAAGCUCUGCUCUUAAAAUCCCACUUCAUUUGUCAAGUGUGGCACACCAGCUUUUUGUAUUAGGUUCUGCAUCUGGUUGGGGUCGAUAUGAUGAUGCAGCUGUUGUGAAGGUAUACGAGGCAUUAACUGGUGUGAGAGUUGAAGGGAAAAUCCCUAUCAUCAGUAAAGCAGAUAUUUUCAAAUCCCUCCCACCAGAAUGGCCCACCAACCCCUUGUGUGUUACUUCACUACAAUGUGAAAAUACAUCAAAAGUUCUCGUAGUAUUAGAUGAUGAUCCCACAGGAACUCAGACGGUUCACGACAUAGAAGUCAUGACAGAAUGGAAAGUGGAUAUGCUUGUUGAGCAGUUCAGCAAAAGACCGAAAUGUUUUUUUAUAUUAACUAAUUCAAGAUCUCUGACCACUGAAAAGGCCAUUUUGUUGACAAAAGAUAUAUGUAGAAAUGUAGAAGCUGCAGCUGCAAUUGUUAGUGGCAUUGACUACACAAUUGUACUAAGAGGUGAUUCAACUCUUCGGGGUCACUUUCCUGAGGAAGCUGAUGCUGCUGUAUCAGUACUAGGAGAGAUGGAUGCAUGGAUUAUUUGUCCUUUCUUUCUACAAGGAGGACGUUAUACGAUUAAUGACAUCCACUAUGUUGCUGAUGCUGAUAGGCUUGUUCCUGCUGGAGAAACUGAAUUUGCCAAGGAUGCUGCAUUUGGUUACAGUUCUUCCAAUCUAAGAGAGUGGAUUGAAGAGAAAACUAAAGGACGAGUUGCAGCCAGCAAUGUAUCUUCAGUUUCUAUAAACCUAUUGCGUAAAGGAGGGCCAGCUGCUGUUUGCGAACUUCUUUGUAACCUGAAAAAGGGUUCUAUUUGCAUUGUAAAUGCUGCAAGUGAAAGAGACAUUUCCGUUUUUGCUUCAGGAAUGAUCCAGGCAGAAGUCAAAGGAAAACGUUUCUUAUGUCGUACUGCUGCAAGCUUUGUAUCAGCUCGAAUUGGAAUAGAGGCAAAACCUCCUAUCCGUCCAAGUGAUGUUGGCAUAACCAAAGUCAAUACGGGAGGCCUCAUAAUAGUGGGCUCAUAUGUUCCUAAAACCACAAAACAGGUUGAAGCACUUGUAUCAAAAUUUGCUGACAAACUAAAAUGUGUUGAGGUCUCAGUUGAAAAUGUUUCCAUGAAAUCAUUUCAAGAACGGGAUGAAGAGAUCAAUCGUGUAGCUGAAAUUGCGAGUGUUUCUUUGAAAGCAGGGAAGGAUACUCUUCUGGUGACCAGCAGGCAACUUGUUACUGGAACAUCUCCUGAAGAAAGCCUAGAUAUCAAUUCAAAAGUCAGUUCUUCUCUGGUUGCUAUUGUGCAACGGGUUAUUACACGCCCCCGUUAUAUCCUUGCCAAGGGUGGAAUUACUUCUUCAGAUAUUGCUACAAAAGCUUUAGAAGCAAAGCGUGCUAUGGUAAUUGGACAAGCAUUACCAGGUAUUCCCUUAUGGCAGCUAGGUCCAGAAAGCCGUCAUCCAGGGGUCCCAUAUAUUGUUUUCCCAGGUAAUGUGGGUGAUAACAAUGCUCUUACUGAUGUUGUAACGAAUUGGAUUCGCCCUCCUUGGUCAACAAAAGACAUUCUUCGUGAUGCUGAGAAGGGUGGAUAUGCUGUUGGAGCAUUCAAUGUAUAUAAUCUUGAAGGAAUUGAAGCAGUUGUUUCUGCAGCUGAGGCUGAAAAUAGUCCUGCAAUUUUGCAGGUUCACCCAGGUGCUCUGAAAUAUGGUGGUGCUCCUUUAGUUUCAUGUUGCAUUUGUGCUGCUGAAAUGUCCAGUGUGCCGAUUACUGUUCACUUCGAUCAUGGGAAUUCAAAAGUUGAGGUACUUGAAGCUCUCGAUUUGGGAUUCAAUUCAGUGAUGGUUGAUGGUUCACAUCUCCCAUUUGAAGAGAAUAUCUCGUACACAAAAUUCAUAUCGACAUUGGCACAUGAUAAAGGCAUUCUUGUUGAAGCUGAACUUGGUCGGUUGUCAGGCACAGAAGAUGACAUGACAGUUGAAGACUAUGAAGCUAGACUUACAGAAGCUAAGCAGGCAGAAGAAUUUAUUGAUAAGACAGGAAUCGAUGCUUUAGCAGUCUGCAUUGGUAAUGUGCAUGGGAAAUACCCUUCUAGUGGUCCAAAUCUUCGGCUUCAGUUACUAAAGGAACUUCGAGCUUUGACUGUGAACAAAGGAGUACAUCUAGUUCUUCAUGGCGCAUCUGGACUUCCUAGUGAUCUUGUUAAGGAGUGCAUAGCUCUUGGCGUGAGGAAGUUCAAUGUUAAUACAGAAGUUCGGAAUGCUUACUUGGAGUCUUUGGAGAAGCCUCAUAAAGAUUUGGUUCAUCUAAUGGCAUCAACCAAGGAAGCAAUGAAAGCUGUGGUUGCUGAGAAAAUGCACCUCUUUGGUUCCGCUGGAAAAGCAUAGGAGUAGCAACAAAUAUCAUUCUCCUCCAUUUAUGAAUUUUGAUUUGUAGCCCAUUACUUGAGGAUUCUUACAUGGAUGGAGCCGCUCGAAGUCAUGUUCUUCAGCAUGGCACAAUAUUUCGACAUAUUUGGGAUAGCUUUCCAUGUGACUGUGUUAGACAGGUGUUUUCGUUCAUUUGCUUAUGAUCUAUACAUUUAUAAUUCAACAUAAUUCUCCAAAAUUGGAGUGCACAUUCUGCUUGGCUGUGAUAAAUGCCCAAUUGUUUUGGUGCAGAGUAUGAACAAAUAAGAACAAUAAGGUCGUACACGUGCAUAAUGUAGUGACAUAUUUUGGAGGCUCUCCAUUUGUGUUUGAAAAA